ACCUCGAAACGACGACGCUUCCUCCGGAAUCGGCACCUUCAUCAGGCAGCGAAGCUCCGGCCUCUCGGACGCGAUCUUAAAGAGGAUCUCGACGUUUCGCCAAAACGACGACGUUUCGGACAAGAAGAAGGUGGAAAUCAUGGAGUUCAACCUCUCCGGUGUCAAGGUGGUAGUAGAGCAGAAACAGGAGGAAGUGAAUCAACUGAAAGGAAGAAUCACCUUCUUCUCGAGAUCGAAUUGCAGAGACUGCACCGCCGUGAGGAAAUUCUUCAGAGAGAAAGGUCUUCCGUACGUUGAGAUAAACAUCGACGUUUUCAGGGAGCGUGAGAAGGAGUUAAUGGAGAGAACUGGAGUCUCAGCGGUGCCGCAGAUUUUCUUCAACGAGAAGAUGUUCGGCGGUUUGGUGGCGCUUAACUCGCUCCGUAGAAGCGGCGAUUUCGAUCGGAGGGUGGCGGAGAUGCUGGCGGAGAAGUGUCCCGACGAAGCGCCGGCGCCGCCGGUGUACGGUGUCGAUCCUAUAAAUCAUGAUAGGAAAGACGAGCUUUAUGAUCAGAUUAGGUUCGUACGGCAGAAAAUUGUGAUCAGUGAUCGGUGGAGGAGGAUGAAGAUCGUGAGGGACUGUUUCGUUGGCGAAGAGCUCGUUGAUGCUUUGGUUGAAUACCUUGGUUGCGCGCGUAGCGAGGCUGUUGUGCUCGGAAAACAGUUAGCCAGGAAGCACUUCAUUCACCAUGUUUUCGGGGAACAUGAUUUUGAGGAGGGAAAUCACGUAUACCGUUUCCUUGAGCAUGAACCUUUUAUCGAAAGUUGCUACAAUUUCCGUGAUGCUACAAAUUAUAAUGAACCAAAGUCUGCAGCUGUUGUUGCCGACAGGCUUACCAAGAUUAUGUAUGCCAUUCUUGAGUCCUAUGCUUCUGAUGACAGACAAUAUAUUGAUUAUGAUGCCGUUAGACAAAGCGAAGAAUUUCGUAGAUGCAAUCAGAGGUCAGCAUAUUCCUUAGGCAAACCCUUUGGCACAGGAGACAAGCGAUUGGAGGUUGUUCUUGUCAAGUUUAAUCCGUUAAUUCACUUUGGACUUUGUAUGGGUUCAAAGUUCAGUCCAAAGAUUAGAUUCUUCUCAGCUCAAAGAGUAGAAGAUGAAUUAAGAGGUGCUACAAGAGACUUCUUUGAGAAUAAUAAUGGAAUUGAAGUGGACCUGGAGAAGAGAACAGUUCAUCUCACUCCACUUUUAAAGUGGUUCGGUGGUGAUUUUGGUACAGAGAAAGAUAUACUAAAUUGGGUACUUAAUUACUUGAGUCCCAGUAAAUCAGGCCUUUUGUCUCAUCUCUUAUGUGAUGCUGGCCCUGUUACUGUUUCCUACAAGAAUUUUGAUUGGUCAAUGAAAACUUGAUUAGGUAGCAACCCCAUUAUUUGAUUCAGCAACUGAAUGAAUGUCUGAAUUCAAGGUAAUGUUCAUUGCACAUGUCCCGGCUUUUGACAUGUUUUUCCUUCCAAAUGAGAGAGAGUUGGAGUGACGUCAUACCCAAAACAAAUAGAUAAUUCAGAGAUAGAUAUGAUAAUUCAGAAGCUCUAGAUGUUUUACUUUUCAAUGGAGUUGGUUUUAAUAAGUAGAAAUUUUAAAGUAGGGAGAGAUUAUUGACUAUGAUAAUGUUGUAAACCACUUCAGAGUUGUGUCUCUUUUUUAAGGUCGUGGUGCAUGUUAUAGCAAAGAAGUAGAAUAUUGUUUAAUCUCAUACAAGAGUGCGUAUCAUUAUUCUCUUUAUUCUUUCCAUCCUUCUUUCUUUUUCC